AUGGACGAACCGAGCGUGUUCGGCCGUAAGCAGCGCCGUGUGCCGCCAAGCCAACGGCUGUCGGCCCUCGUGGGAGCUCUGCUUGGCCACUCGGCCUGCGUCGCCUUCCUCAUGGAGCACGUUGAGGCGGCCCGGCGCGUCCACCCGCUCCUCUACGAGGGGAACUUGGACCGCUGCAAGGUGCCCUUCGGCUCCCGCGAGCUGCUGGCCGAGAGCUUCGGCUGGCUCCGCGCGGCCGCGCAGCUGACCACGGAGGAGGCGGAGGUCGCGGCGGGCCUGGACGCCGCGAUGUUGGUGGAGUUCAUGGACCUGGCGAUGUGGAUCCUGGCCGUGAUCGGCCUGCCCCUGAUCUGCGUGCUUUGCCCGCUUCACUAUUUCUGCGGCACCAUGGUGCAAGAGGACAAGCUCAGCUGGAUUGGAAUGGCGAAUGUGGAGCACGGCAGCUGGCUCUGUUGGCUUCACAGCGGCAUUGUUUGGUUCGUGGUCCUGGUGGUGGAGAAGUCGGUGGGUAUGGCCCAGGGUGCUUUCCUGGUGCGGAGGGUGCACUGGCUCCGGGCGAUGCCGCCACCCAGGUCCAGGACCUUGCUGGUGGAACACAUCCCGCCGGAGUUCUGUUCCAACGACAGCUUAGCGGCUUACUUCAACUCCGUCUUCGGACGCGAGGUGGUCGAAGUCGCCCACGUCACUCGGAGCACGCAGGCCCUCCGAGGUCUGCUCUCCAGCGUGCGCCGGGCCGAAGAGCAGCUCCGCGAGGGGGAGGCCUUCCUGGAGAGGACGGGCCGCAGGCCUACGAUGAUGAAGCCGAGAUCUGUGCAAGACUUCACCCUCGACAGCCCCAUGCGUGGUGAAGUGCGGGACACGAUCGACCACUGGUCCGAGGUGCUGCAGACGGAGCGCUCGGCCUUGCUGGCGGAGGAGCGCCGGCUGGGACUCCGAGAAGCAGCGGAGCCCGACUUCGUCCGAGCCUACUGCGCCAGCGCCUUCGUGACCUUCUGGAGCCGGCGGGAUGCGGAGAUCGCCCUGAGGGUCCAGUACCGGGCGGAUGGGCUCCAGUUCGUGGUCUCAAGUGCUCCGGCACCAGAUGAUGUCCGGCACCAAGACCUGGAGAAAGGCGGCGCUGCCUGGGGAGAGACGCUCAUGGGCUACUUGUGCAUACUCUUCUUGUUUUGGGUGUUUGCGCCUUUCAUCAUCGCCUUCUCCGCCGUGGCCCAGCUGGAAACAUUGCAGACGGUUGUCCCCAGCCUUCACAACAUUGUGACCUAUUGGCCGAUUCUGCGCUCACUCUGGGACGGUCUGGCCAGCACUUUGGCGCUGGCCCUCUUCAUGAGUUCCCUGCCAGCCCUGCUCAUGGUCAUCUGCAGCCACCUUUUUGUGACGAAAUCUGAGAGACGGUGUCAGCUGGAGGUACAGAGUUGGUACUUCUUCUUCCUGGUGGUCUUCGUACUGCUGGUGCCUGCCGUGGGGUCGUCGGUUUUCUACACGAUGAGCCGUUUGGUGGAUCAUCCCAAGGAGAUCUUCUCGCUCCUGGCCUCGACGCUGCCAUACACAACGCACUUCUACCUCAGCUACUUUCCGCUGCAGUGCACCUUUCAGGUGCUGGAGGCUGCGCGCUAUCCCAUCGCGAUGAAGUACCUGGCCAUGAAGGCACUCUAUGGUGAGGAGCACGCCAAGGCCCUCUGCGAACCAGAGGACCAGGCCUACUAUGGCAUAGGUGCUCGCUCCGCGCGCUGCUCGCUCCUGCUGUCCAUGGCCCUCACCUUCUGCAGCUUGUCCCCGCUGAUCUGCGCCCUGGGCCUCGUCAGCUUCGGCCUCUGCCGGCUCACCUACGGCUACUUGCUGGUCUACUCGGAAACGAUAAAGCCGGACCUGGGCGGCGAGUUCUGGUGCCUGCAGCUGCAACACCUUCAGAAGAGCCUCUUCCUCUACGUGGUGUUGAUGACAAGCGUGCUCUUGGAGAGGUCCGACUCUUUGGGCCCUCCAGUGAUCGCCGCCUGCAGUGGUGUCAUGCUCCUACAUCAGUACCUCCAGUUCAAGAGGAAGUACCAGUGGCGAUGCUUGCCCUUUGAGGACCUCGUGCACGUCGACGACGAGGCACGCAUCUCGACCACCGGCGUGGAGUACCAGCAGCUGGAGCUCCGCCAGGGCACUUGA